GAGUGGGAGGGGUCUUCAGUGGAAAACGAUGUUGUGAUCAACUAGGAAUGUCUUGGCAAUCGACCAGUUGGUAAACAAUGAUUUCCAUGAUGUCCCUGUAGGUGCUGACAGUGUGAGGACAUUCAGGCAUUUAACUACAGAGAGUGGAGAAUCUCUCACCAUCCCAUGUUUCUAUGAUCAGAAGUAUAAAGACCAUGUGAAAUACUGGUGUAAAGGGCAAUUAUGGUCCUCCUGUACAAUCAUGGCACGCACAGACUCACCACAGAGCUCCAGGAAAGUGUCAAUCACUGAUUAUCCUGCCCAGCUUGUUUUCCAUGUGAUCAUGAGGAACCUGAAGACAAGUAGUGACACUGCUAUCUACUGGUGUGCUGUAGAGAUUGGUGGCCUUGGUGAGAUGGAUGACUCUCAGGAUCUGGUAAUAGAGGUUAAAGAUGCUCGGAGUGUGAGGACUGUGAGCUGGGUAUCUGCAGAGAGAGGAGGAUCUGUCACCAUCCCAUGUUACUAUGAUCAGAAGUAUAAACACCAUGUGAAGUACUGGUGUAGAGGGUCUAACUGGAAUUCCUGCUCCUCAUUGGCACGUUCUGACUCCAAUCAGACAGCAGGGAAAGUGUCAAUCAGUGAUGACCCCGCCCACCUGGUCUUUUAUGUAAUCAUGAGGAACCUGCAGGAAAAUGACUCUGACACUUACUGGUGUGCUGUGGAGAUUCAUGGGCCAGCAGAUGAUGGUGUCUAUCUACAGCUGAUUGUGAUGGAAGCAACAGCAGUUUCACCCAAACAGGGAGAGCUGACUACAGCUUUACAGCAGACAGAAAGUUUUACUUCAGCAACAAAACACCCAACAGGAUGGGCUGUGACCAUGUAUCCCUCUGGUGCCUUGACUUCCACCACUAAUGAGAAUCUGAACACCAUACAGUCAUCAAGGUAAACUACCAAACCCAUUUCAUUCUCUGUAUACUUGUUAAUCAAAGUCUGAUAAAUAAAAACCUGUUAUUGAUCCUGCAUGUAACCCUGCAUGUCUUAAACCUUCACUUUCCUUCUCUUGUUCUUCUCCAUUGAAAUGCUCCUUCUGCUGAUAUUGGUGCUGCUUCUGUUGCUUUUGGCCACUGUCAUGAUUAUCUGGAUUCUGAAUAACCAUAGAGCCAGACUAAUCUUAACAUAAUCAAACAAGUUAAUGGUAUUGUGAAGGAUAUUCUUUUUAUUACUGCUAGCUUACAGAUAAUUCACAUUUUUAUAAUAAAUUAAAUGUAAACAUAUAGUGCUGUUAGCUCACAAACUUGUAAUAAUCAACACAGAUGACAGCGACACUCAGCUUUACUUUCACCAUUCAGCAGAAAUGUGGGUCAGUAACAGAAAACAAUCCAGCCACCCCCUGACUGUGCAUUUCCAUAUGUGUUUGCUUUCUGCAUUAUUAGGGGGACAUAACCCUGUAUUUGCUUGUUAAUGCAACCAGCCUGCCCCUGCACACAGCAAACACUGUGACUACAGCUCUGUAUAUUAUCCAUAGAAGCAGGGGAAAGACGUCCUCUUAAUCUUUCUGAACAAUAAAAUGAGCACAAUGUGAGACCUAAGCAUUUUUCAGCAUGUUCUGAUUGCUGGUGCCAGAUGUGGAGAGAUGAAUGUUUCAAGCACCUUCUGGAAACCAUGCCAGGAUCAAGUCAGGCUGUUCCCAGGCAAAAGGUGGAUAAAGUUUCCACUGAAUGCAUGUUCUUUGCUUGCUUAUCCAUCAGAGACCACACUUGGCACCUUCUGCUUCACGCUGCUGUUGGUCUGGUCUACCUGCUGUGUACUGGAGUGGCCAUCAUCACCUGGAGAAACCACAGGCAGUGAUCACUGGGGUCUCUCUCCUAGGGAGGGCAGCAGCAGUGACAGCUCCUUAGGACGGGGCUCUGACUGCACUGACGCCCCUUCUGAUCCCGCCUCCAGCUGCGACAGACACCUCCUGAAAUCCGGGGCCCCGAGUGAGAUGCCCUCCUGCCCUUCGGCACCCCCUUUGAGGUCCUGGUAUCAACCAUAUGUGACCCAUCCAUGUCGAAAAAAGACAUUUAGUUUUUGGCAGUCUGUAAAAAGAAAGCUCCUAUUUCUUGUUAAAUCUAUUUGUACAAUCAAUCACAACAGCUCUUUCCCAUUUUAGAUGUGUUUUUUUGCAGCAUUCAAGCUAAAUGCUAAUGCUGCCACUCAGACUUUUUGCCACUCAGUGGGUAUGAGCACAGUGACUUCUACCUGCUGUGACAUCAUGCGCAUACCGAUGUUAAAAGUAUUAUUUGCGGUACCAACUUUUUUGUACAUUUGGUCCCGUUGAGGCCAAUAGUAAUUACAACAGUG